AAGUGCCAUAAUGAUUUGAAUAAGCAACCUGAGGGCUUCUCAAAAUUUUCGUUUUUUCUACCCGGCGCUUAUUCGAGAGUGGUACUUGAAAGAAGCUGAACGCGUUUUCAAAUCAUCAUGGAGUAUUUCCCUUUAAAUGUCUUCCAAAAUAGCAAAAUACGCCUUGGUACCGUAAACUUUGAAUAGCGUUAAAAAGCGGAAAUAUGACAUACCAAAAGCACGCCGGAUACUGACCAAGAAGGUACGAGGAAAUAUAUGUCCUAGUGUUGUUCCAAAUUAGAGGAAGAGGAAGCUUGAUGCGCUUGACUGACUCCUCGGUUUUGGACUGAUUAGCGAUCACUAACGUCUCGCUUAAUUCAAGAAUCCAAGAGAAGAAACUCUUGGAUCCAAGAGAAGUUUCUCCAUUUACACAAGUCGACUGAUUCUAAAACGCCUUCUUGAGUAGAUGACCUUGAUUGCCUGAUGGUUUUAAGUCGCCACCGUACUUUUUAGCAACUUUGGAUUUCCCUUCGUCAUUUUUCGGCAUUUCGAUUGUUGCAAAUUCACGGCGGCUGUACUCCUUUAGGAACCGUAUUUUACUAUCUGCCUGCAGGAACCCUAACUAGUUGCUGGCCUAUUACUUGCCAAGUUUCUCAUCGGCCUGAAAUUCGUACAAAACUUAAUUUUCCGAAAUUAAUAACAUUUUAAAGACAGUCCUUUCUAAUUUGUUGGAGCACAGGCUUGGUACUAUAGACCAUACAAGGCGGUUGUUGUCAUCAAACCUCGAAACUGUGAAACAGCAGUGCCGAUUAAAUCUGACGAAAUACGAUAUACGAAACCAAGUAGUUUAGUUUUAAUUCUUUGAAAAUGCAAAAAAGAGCGGAAACAUGUUAUACCAUUACUGGUGGUUUUCAUUCUUUUCUACUAAAAGAAUACGUUUUCCUUCUAACUUGUGAAGAUACAUUAUUAAUCAAAAAUUAGAAUUUAAUUAAAAAAUGUCCAGUACUCAUUUUUAAAAGAAAACUGCUUUGAGAAAUGACAUAUAGUAGAAUCUAGUUUCAUAACUGGUUUUACGUUAGACUCUUCCUCAAUAUUGUUUUUGAUGCCUUAUUUUGUAAGUUGUUAGAGAAGCUUCAACCGGGAAUGCUUUGUCCCCGCUCCACUGUUGUAUAGGUAUCGGCAUACAUAUUACUGCAUGAUAGAAAGAUAACCUUUAAAAUAUCACUGAAUGAUAACAUUUUCAAACAUUUUGAUGAAGUGAGCAAAGUUGUUUGUUCAUUACAAAACGACCAAACAUGCAAUAGAAACAUAUGUCUCUUUAUUAUUGAGUGUUCAGAAAACAGUAAUUUAUCAAAAGGGUGUAAAAUAUAAGAUUCUGCGGGGAUUACUUUUUCAUUUGAAACGUCAGCUGGUUUCUGUUGUUUGAGUGUUUUAAUUCAGUAUCAUGAAAUUGUAGCUUAACCAUCAAUUUAUAUUGUAACUAGGCUGUUUGUAGAGUAACAGAACUGAAUUAUGUUACAUAGGAAUCGGGAAUUGAUGAAUAAGCAUUCCUAUCAUUGCCUACCCUGGGUGCCAGAGUCUCGAUUAUUUAGUCUCCGAAAUUUUUUUAGAGAGCCGUACUUGAUCCCCGGAUUUAUGAGGCUCUGGUAACCAGGGUACUUAUUGCCAAACCAACUGCUAUAAUUCUAUAAGAAUAAAUCAAUUGUUUUUGUUCAGGUUCAUCCAUUCAUCCAUGCUUGGCUAGUUCAUUUUGCCAUGCAAGGAAGCAAUUAAUACUGGCAUGUUAAAAGGGGCUGAGCUUCUGAAUUAUAGCUAGGGGAGCCCCCUCCAAGGUACCCCUGCUUAAAAAAUAAAUGUCUGCAGUAAAGUAAGAGCGUUAGAAGGUUAGAAGGACGUUCCAAAGACUUAUUGCAAGAUCGUUAAGUAUUUAAGUUAGAUUUGCAGAGGUUAUCGUAUUUGCUAAGGCAUCUGAUGGAAAGAUUAACAAAGGUAAUGUCAGAUUACUGAGAUGAAAGAGAAGCAACACGUGGAGGAUAUUUUUGCACCUUUCCUAACAACGUUGGAACUUAGAAUUCUUGAAAAGUCCACUGUUUGUUCAAUUAUUUUUAAACCAUCAUUACGAUUUCUCAUUGCAGGUUAAUCAAGGCAAUAUUUAUCACUAGUUUUAACACAAGUGUAGAAACUAUAACUAAAAACAAUCAAUGGCUUUGAGGGUCACGAAGAAGUUGUGAUAAUAAAAAUCAUGAUUAGAGGGUGAACAAAUAUGGCUCAGAAUGACCAAUGUCUUGGUUCUUUCGAGUUUGAGGUAUUAAUUGAUUCUAUAAGGAAGUGUUAGAGAAAGUUCAAAGAAGUGCAAAAAGCUGGAUGAAAUGAAAAUUUGACUCAACAGGGCUCCCGUAUUCAGAAUCAGUUCGUACAACCUUUUACAAACACAAGCUUUCAUUGUCGAAGAAUUCCCAUGAAAAGUAAUGGAAGAAGACGACUCAUUGUCCCAUCGUGUGAAUAGUUCUUCUGAAAGGCGUCUUUUCGUUAAUAUUUUCAAAAAACCGGUGGAGCUCUAUUUUUUUUUCUGUUCAACGGAUAGCCUUUUAAUUUAAAAUAUCCUCAGUUUUAGAUGACAUGUUUUUUCAGCUUUUCAGGAACUAGAAAGACCCUUCUUUCAUUGCUUGAAUUUCCUCAAUGUUUACAGUAAAAAUGAAUUUUAGAAAUUCUCAUCAGAAAUAGAUCUUCCUUUUUUCGCAUGAAUAUAUGCUGAUAACAUAUACAUUAUUAAUUUAACUUCAAAUGGCUCGAUACUUUGUAACCACAACUGGAAGGAAAAUUGUGGCUGUUUUUGAGGAAGUUGAUUCUUUGCCAAUUCCUUUCCACGUGUUUUCUAUGUGGAUUGUUGGCAACUUAGAAAAGGGCUGGGUAUUUUGGAUUUUGAACAUUUUCAUUCAACGAUGGAGAACUAUUACAAAAUAGGCCGCAAACUCAUGAAUGUACUUUCAGAAGUAAAAAACACGACCAAUUCUUCAGAUGUAAAGUAUCUCGACAAAGUGAGAGUUGAUGUGAAUGCUUUGCUUCCUGCCUAUUUGAUCAUACUGGUAGCUUGUGUGAUUGGAAAUAGCCUUGUCUGUCUCACUGUCAUUAAAAACCCAGACAUGAAACGAAAAAGAUGGUACUACUUCUUGAUGAAUUUGUCCGUUGCUGAUAUGGGAUUCGCCCUUGCCACCCCUGUACAUGUGCUCCAGUUCUCUCGUGUGGAUAUGGGUGACAUCGGAUGCAAACUUGGUGUUCACAUCAUAGACACAUUUAUGAUUACGUCGAUAAUGACCCUGGCUUAUAUCAGUAUUGAUCGCUACAUCUGCAUUUGCUUUCCCAAGGUUGGCUACACCAAACGUGCCAAUCCUAUUUUGAUUAUAGCAGCUAUUUGGAUGUUGGCAAUGUUAUUUUUGAGUCCUUUCUCUAUAUACUGUCGGAAAAGCAACUUUGCAGGCAAUUGCUGUGAUUGUCGCUAUGCAUGGCCAUCUCCGACCCACUAUAGAGUCUAUAAAUUCCUGCUUGCAGCCAUUUGGUUCCUUAUUCCUUUUACGACUAUGAUUUUCUGUUAUACAAAGAUCGUCCUACAGCUAUGGGGAAGGAAGGGAGAAAGUAAUUCCAUCGACAAUGAUCGAUCAGGCAAAAAGAAACGCAGUAUCAAAAUGAUGAUUUUGGCAACUUCGCUGUUCUUUUUUUCAUGGUUUCCCUACACUAUGUUGUAUUUGCUAAAAGAAAUGAAGGUUGGCAAUCCACGAGUAGUCGGAAAAUUCUGGCUUUUAAUUCAACUGAUUGCGUUUGCCAAUUCUGCAUGGAAUCCAUUUACUUACUGUAUCUUCAGCACAGAUUUCAGGAAAGGGUUCAAAAAGAUAUUAUUUUGGAAAAAGACGUCCGGGGAAGCACGAAUUCAGGAAGCACGUAGGCAACAGUCUGAUAUGGAGCAAAAUUGCAGCAGUAAGAGUGACAACUCAGCCAAGAAAACAGAAAGUGAGGGUCUGUGAGAUACUGCAAUAGCUUGAAGCAAUGCAGAUUGACUAUUCUGACGACUGCUUAGUGUAUAUUUUCGUAUGAAAUUAUAGAUUCGUACCCUGUGUGCAACAGACUCCAUUAUAUAGUCUCAGAAAUAUAGUUCGAAGCUAGUCAUAGAAAUAUUUUUUGAGCACCGCAGUCGUCUACAAUACUUUAUCCACGGAUCCGAGGCUUGUACCCAGUUUAUAGAUUAGAUACUCAAGUAGACCUUUUAAACAAUUUUUUACGUUAAAUGCAGUCUUAAUAUAUGAAAUAUGACAUAUAUGUAUUUGUUUCUACCUAGAACCCGAAGGUAGUUUUUACAGGACACUGAGAAGCUGAUCCUCCUUCUCGAUGUGAACAUACCACUGACCAUACCACGUGAUAUGGCUGUCUGUAACUCAUCCUUCAAAGAAAUGACGAAAAUUUUAAUGCCUGAUCGCAGCCCUCCCAGCUCCUUUGUCUCCUACACCUAUGAAAAUCAGAUUCUGAUCGCAAUUUUUUCCUUUAUAUAUGUUGCGGGCUCAUGUACUCCUAUUGGGGGGCCCUAUUGGAAAAAUUACAGAUAUUUUCUAACCUUUUUAUUAGCCCCUGCGGGGGAUUUGACCUCUCAGUCACUUCUUGUUGGCUUUUGUUUACAAAGCUUCUUUUUUGCUGGGGUUACAUCCGAAUUGAUAACGAUCACAGCAUAGUUAAUCACAGUAAGUCUAUUUUGAUUUUAUUUUUGAUUGAAGAGAUGAUUAUUUUUCGUAAGAAAACUGUAACCUGAAAUUUUGUUAUUUUGGAAUCAAAGAAAUGUCAAGAAGGUCAUGAAUCAAAGUUGAUUCUGUCGGAGAGGUCAGCGGUUUGGGAAAUAGCCUAGGUUAAAUAAACCAGUUUUAAAAAAGGCAAAAUCAAUGUGUUACAAAGAUGAUAUAAAACUAUGCUCUUCACAGCAGCAAACCCCAGCCCCUAUAAGUACGAGUGCCUCACAGCUUUUGUGAAAGUGUGCACCCAAGUUUUGAACAAAAUUUAAGUAAUCAAGAAGCUGUGCUCAAGAAGCUGAUUAAAAUGUAGGGCAAGGAUAGCCAAGUAAAGCAAUUAGUGUUUCUGAAUGAAAGCUGCAUAAGGUGCUGUGUAUAGCUGACAUCCAGUUAAUAUGGCUGAUAAUGACAAGAUCUUAGGUACUCCUCCAGCCCUGAACCCAAUGUGUGGGUGCGCAAAAACAAUAGAAAAUGCCAGAGGUGCCACUCAGGUAUCCCACUGGGGAUGUUCCACUUGUGUGAGGCUGGCUCAGUUGUUAGAGGCGCUGACUACAGACCACAGGGUCCGUGAUUUGAGUCCCUGGCAUGACCAAACUUUCACCCAGAGUGAGGAGAGUUGCCAGCUCUCUGUAAUUCCAGGCAUAGGGAUCACGAGGUGUGGUCACAUGGAGAGGAAGGACAAGGACACUGCAUGAUAAGCAUAAGCUUCUUAGUGUCCUAAAAACUACCUUCCGAUGAUAGGUAGAAACAAAUACAAAUACAAAUACACAAAGUCACUGCCAUUUGGGGGUGCCAGUAUAAUCAAUUUAUCCAAACUUGGAUUUUGUGCAUCUAGUAUUUAGGUCAAGGCCCACGCCAUGAAUUUGAAAGUGGGGGGCCAAGGCUUCUUCCCCUUUUACUGACAGCUUUAAACUUACUUGCUUUGCAAAAAAGUGGGGCCACCUUGCCCCCUGGUGGCAUGGGCCCUGUAGGUGCACCCUAAGUUACACCAUGUUUGCAUCUUGGAUGCACCACCCCAUGCUAUGAAUAAUGAGCUGACAUCAUAUAUAUGCUUGGCCUUUCUCACCGGCAGAAGGCAGUGCCUUUGGAAGAAGAGCCCUUUGCCUCAGGUGGAUCAUGAUUAAAUGAUAAUGAUAAAUGCAUGAUGGAAAAGGUCAUUGGGAUUUUUGGGCAUACCAAUCGAGAAAUUUUAAUGACCUUGGCAUCUCAAGUCCUGCCACUUUCCCCUUAAUAAUUAUUAUAACCUAUUAGUAAAAGAUACUUGAAGAAUAAUCUGCAAAAAGCUGCUCUUAAAAAGAACAGGAAUUUAGCACUUUUUCUGAAUUUUAAUCAGAGUUCAAGAUCUUCUUCCCAGGAGUUACAAGGAAGUUGUCUCACUUGGAAUACCCUACUGGCUAAUUGCAAGCUGUGCAUCCCUUUCCAGCCUUAAGCAACUCUCACAAAAAUUAAAACAUACUAAUUAGGGGGAAAAUUGCCCCUCCAGCCCCAGUGACCACAUUUUUAAAACAGUAGGCUAUUGUUCUCCUCUUAACAAAGGCAGAGGCUUGCCCCUUAGCUGAUUCCCUUCAAAAAGGCUAGUGUCUUGAUGAAAUAAUAAAUGGUAUGUUAAAAAAGUGGUUAAAAAGUUUCAAACAAUGGUGUGGUUUUAAACAAUGACUGUAAAGUUGUGGUGAAAAAAUUUCAAUUUUGCUAUUAAUUGAAGUCAUAUUAUUAGUUGAGUUUUAUUGUUAUGAUGUCUUUUCAAGAAUUUACUACUCUGGAAUAGCAAGAAAUUAAUGCAAGAUAAUUAUUUGCAGCAUAUAACACGCCUUCCAGUUUCUGGUCCCCUCUCUCUCCACAAGAUCAUUAGCAAUUAAGGCUUCUAGACCUUAGUGGGCAAUAAAACUUUCCAUUUUAAAUUCUCUUAUCCGUUUGUGUAAAGUUAUUUUUCUCCUCUAUUUUUCUUGCAUGUUUGUUUUUCUCCAUUUGUUUCAAGCAACUGUAUACUGGCAAAUGGUAUGAAGUGGAAUGUUCUCAAUCCUAAAAAUCCUCAAAAUAAUUAAAAAAUAUUUAAAGCAGUAGUUUAAAAUGCACU